GAUUUUUUUGGCUGAACCGGAUGAGGCGACGCAGUGGGCGGGGUUAUUUGCGUUCAGGCGGGAAAAAUGAAUACGUGAUGACGCAAUACGUACGCUGUCACGUUGAAUGGUUGUUUUGCGAUGGCUCCCAUCAAAAUAAAGCAUAUCGUCUCGUUUACAUCACAGGAUAGUAAGAAUGGCGUGGAUAAUCUGUGUGAUGGCAGUGACAGCGGCAGGGCUUGGUUGUGCAGCAUCCAGGACCGCAGUGGAGUGCUCAGGGUGGAAUUACAGAUGGAGCGAGUAUCUACUAUAGGAUUCAUUGAUGUUGGCAACUGUGGCUCUGCAUUCAUUCAGGUCGAUGUUGGCCGCUCCUCGUGGUCAUUAGACCAUCCGUAUGUCACCCUGCUGCCCACUGCAACCCUCAUGAGUCCAGCAGACUCGAAACAGGGCACUGGCCGCCAAAAUGUGCGCAUGUUUAAAAAAGCUGAUUUUCUCCCUGAGGCAGCAGAGGAGAGCUGGGACAGACUGCGAGUCACCUGCACUCAACCUUUCAACAAACGGUCACAGUUUGGUCUGUCCUUUCUGCGCAUCCGCACCACGGAAGGCGAGGCUGAAGAUGCCUCAGCGCAACAUGAAGAUGUUGCUGUUGAAAAUCUGCGCACGCCAGAGAAGAUGACAUCUGUGAUGGAGUGGCUUUCCAGCCCAGCUAUCCAAAACACGUUUUUUGGCCGAAUCACAGGGGAUGACUCCUCAGAUGCCCAAAGGAAUGCUGGGAGUUUGAGCCGGGCAGAGCGCAUGGUCAUAGCCGCCCACUCUAACAGACGGUCUUUGUCAACAUCCCCGUGCAGUACCACAUCCAGCACAACACCUCAGCAAGGCGAUAAUAUGAAAACCCCACCAGGUGAAUUUAGGACUUCCAGUGACCAAAUGAGAACCCCUCAAGAGCAAAGGAGGAAGUCUAAGGCACGGCAGAACCUCAUAAACCGUCGCACUCCACUGAAGAGAUCCAGACCUGCAGCAUCCGCACAUGAACCCACCUCAACAAGCCCACCCAAAAGUGUCAGCAGACACAGUCAGAGCCCAUUGGACACACAGGAAUCUGCCCACCAGGAUCUACAGAGCUCACCUGAGACCAGAUGUCCUCUUUGUGGAGAAUCCUUCAGUCCUGAUUACCUGCCGUUCCAUGCUUCCACCUGCCUGGAUUGUGAUCCAGCGGAGCUCAUGGGAGUCAGAGAAACAGAGGUCAUGAGCUCACGGCACAGCUCUUCUGUUUUAGGCUCUGGCACAGAUGAGCAUAUGGUUCCAUGUCCUCUUUGCUCCAUCCGAUUCCCCCCAGACUGUAUCCAGCAGCACGCCAGCAACUGUGGCGACACAAUCGAGCCAAGCACUGUUUGGCUGAACUGAGAGAAGAGCAUUGUGGUCUCGGAAACCUUUUCAAAAUAGCAACAUGCAAAUAGAAAUCAGGUAUUCUCAUGGUUUCUCUGGCAUUGGCCAGUAAACAUUGUGUGUCCUACUGGCUUAUGAAUUUUGGAAAAUAUGCAUUCUUCCCUAAAAAGACUGUAUUUUUAUUUUUAUGGAGACAAUUAUAACAAUGGUCAUCAUGUUUAUAUUGUAUGUCAUGGGGACAUUUGACUGGCAAACAUGUUUGACUGUAAAUAUGUCAUAUCUGGCAUUCACUGUAUUUGUGGUAUCAAUUAUUAGACAUUACAUUAUUAUAACAUUAUUAGAAUGUUAUAUGAAACCAUUGAUUUUAAUUAUCAAUAUAUUCUCAAAAUUGUAAAAUAUGUCAUUUAGAUUUUUUAAGAAUUUGCCCUGUCAUUUUUCUCACUUUCUCAACAACAAAAUAAACACAUUUUUUUGGAUUAAAAAUGAUAUCUAUAUAUUCAUACACUACUUUUGAAAAGUUUGUGGUCGGUAAGAUGUUUAAAUUUUUAAAGGAAGUGUCUUAUACUCAUCAAGGCUGCAUUUAUUUGAUCAAAAUACAUCAAAAAAGAAGCAAUAUUAAUAGAAUUAAUGUAAUUUUUUUGUUUUCAGCUGAAUUUUCUGCAUCAUUACCAGAGUCUUCAGUGUCACAUGAUCCUUCAAAAAUCAUUAUAAUAUGCUGAUCUACUGCUCAAGAAACUAAUGUUAACAAAUACAACUCUUGAUUUUAAUAAUGUAUUAGUAAAUGUUGAAAUUAACAUUAACAAAGAUUAUUAAAUGCUGUAUAAGUGCAGUUCAUUAUUAGUUCAUGUUAACUAAUGAACCUUAUUGUAAAGUGUUACCAAAAAAAAAAAAAAAACCUUACUGACCCCAAACAUUUAAUUGGUAGUGGAUAUGUGAACACUUACUUUAUAAUAAAAGAAAAGAAAGAAUUAUGU